ACGGAGAGAGCGAGAGGCAACGAUCAUCAACAGUAAUUGCGAACAGGCCCACCGUCUUUCUAUAUACAGAGAGAGGCGGGUGAGAGGAGAGAGAAUGUACGGACGCGCGUCGUUAUCUCCUCCCGAGAGGAGGGAAGAGCGUCGCUUUCUCACGGCUCUUCUUUUAACUCUCCACGAGAAUCGCAGAGAGGCGUAUACACACAUGUUGCCGUGUAUCAUCUCCAACCUGUAUACCGCAAUAAUCGGUGUACCACCGCUAUUCCCGUCCAAAACCUCCGUCCGAGAAACAAACUCCAGCUAUUUUUCAUUUUAGGGCCAUUUCUGUUACGCUCCCGUUUCAACAAAAAUAAAAAAUAAAAAAAUCUAAUUCCUGAUUUUGUUUUAUAAUUCCUAAUAUUUAUUUAUGUAUUUUAAUAAUUUCUGGCCGCGAGAAAAGGAAGAAUAAAGAGACAGAGAAUUCUCUCUGCAUUUUAGCUAGGGUUUGGGAGGAGGAAGAAAGAGAUGGGAUCAUAACAGGAGCUUGGUUGUAGGUCCAGGGGCAUUCUCGUAAUUCUUCAGAAUGAGCUGCUUUCCUUGCAUAAGCCCUCGCCACAGGGAAGGCAACAAGAUCAAAGACAUCCGACCCGCUCCUCGCCCGUCCACCGAUUCCUCUUCCUCCCGCAAGGGUAGAAACAGGAUGUCUUUUGAUGGUAUCGAGAAAGGAAAGAUGUCAUUAGAGGGGAGGUUGGAGGGCUUUGGUGGUGGUGGUGGUGGUGGCCAGAAAUGCAGCAACAUUAGGAGCUUUACUUUUUGGGAGCUCGUGACGGCCGCAGGGAAUUUCAAGGCUUCGAAUGUGAUCGGGGAAGGCGGGUUUGGGAAGGUUUAUAAAGGAUAUUUGGAAACUGCCCAGGUUGUAGCAAUCAAACAACUCAAUCGGGAAGGACUUCAAGGAAAUCAAGAAUUUAUUGUGGAGGUUCUCAUGCUAAGUCUUGUGCACCAUCCUAAUCUUGUCAACCUGGUCGGGUACUGUGCUGAGGGAGAUCAGAGGCUAUUGGUUUAUGAGUACAUGUCUAUGGGCUGUUUGGGAGAUCAUCUGUUUGAUCUGCGACCUCACCAAGAGCCACUUGGAUGGAACACACGGAUCAAGAUUGCAAUCGGUGCUGCUCGAGGUCUUGAGUAUUUGCAUGUCAAAGCUAACCCACCUAUUAUUUAUCGGGAUUUGAAAUCUGCAAAUAUUUUGUUGGACAAUGAUUUCAAUCCCAAGCUUUCCGAUUUUGGGCUUGCUAAGCUUGGCCCUGUGGGUGACAAGACUCAUGUUUCGACGAGGGUGAUGGGUACAUAUGGAUACUGUGCUCCGGAAUAUGCGAUGUCUGGUAAGCUGACUCUCAAAUCAGAUGUGUAUAGCUUUGGUGUGGUUCUGUUGGAGCUGAUCACAGGACGUAAGGCACUCGACACCUCCAGGAAAUCAGGAGAGCAGAAUCUAGUAGCUUGGUCGCGGCCCUUUUUCAAGGAUCGGAAGAAGUUUCUUCAAAUGGCUGAUCCUUUGCUGAAUGGAUGCUACCCUAUCCGUGCUUUCUAUCAUUUGAUAGCCAUCACUGCAACAUGCCUCCAGGAGAAACAGAAUUUCCGCCCCCUCAUGGGUGAUGUCGUCUCAGCACUUGAGUAUCUGGCAUCUCAACCGUACAACUCAGAAACCAGUGGUGGGGGGCACAGUCCCCAACUAUUUUCUCCACGGGUGGCUGACAGGCUUCCUCAAGAUUUGGGCAAUGAUAGAGUGAGUUCUUCAUCUAUUUGAAGGUGGUGCUGACGAGUUGAGAGUUGAUCGUUGGAGAAUUAUAUUGUGGUCUUAGUGUUUCAUUGAACGAUAGGCUUUCGCUACAACGGAAGACAGGAAACUAUUCAUGCUUCACUGGUGUUGACAGCAAAGUGAAGAAAGAUGAACUCCAAAUCUCAACUGUUUUGCCGCAUGCCUGAGGUCUUCUUCCGAUGCUGCAACUGCAAGAGAGAUUGAAUGCUGAACGUUGGUUGUUGUCAACUGUUAUGCUGGAAUCAAGCAUUGGAGAGAGAGAGAGAGAGGGAGAGCCUUGGCCUGUUGUAAGACUGUUCAGAAAUGCAGAUGCAUCCAUUUGUAAGCAGACAUCCCAUUUGUUUCUUGAAACCAUAGUAUCUAAAAACUUUUAAUGGUAUCUUCCCUGUGUUAUCUCCCUCUUUUAUUUUGAUAAUGUUGAAGAGUGUUAAUUGAA